AUGUUAGUUAAUUAUAUUAUUUUGACAAUUUGUGUUCUUAUUGCUGUAGCUUUUUUUACUUUACUUGAACGAAAGGUCUUAGGUUAUGCACAAUUACGAAAAGGGCCUAAUAAAGUUGGUUUUAUGGGUAUCCCCCAACCUCUAGCUGAUGCUGUUAAACUUUUUAUUAAAGAACUAACUUUACCUGUUGAAGCUAAUUUAUACGCAUAUUUUUUUGCUCCCGUUUUUAGUCUUUUUAUAUCUUUACUAAUAUGAAUUAUUUUUCCAUUAGAAUCUUUUGUUUUAAGUUUUGGGCUUGGAUUAGUGUUUUUUCUUUGUUGCACUAGAGUCAGCGUUUAUGGAACUUUAGUAGCAGGGUGGGCCUCUAACUCUAAAUAUGCUCUCUUAGGGGCCCUUCGGGCUGUUGCUCAAACAGUUUCUUAUGAAGUAAGUUUAGCUCUGGUUCUUUUAGGGGUAAUUUUAUUAACUUUCACUUUUUCUUGCCUAGGACAAGGAGCUUUUCAAUUUUUUACGUGGCAUUUCUUAAUUUUAGGUCCAUUAGGGUUGAUUUGGUUUGUUUCUUGUUUGGCUGAAACCAAUCGUGCUCCUUUUGAUUUUGCUGAAGGAGAAUCCGAAUUAGUUUCUGGAUUUAAUGUUGAAUAUAGAGGCGGGGGAUUUGCUCUUAUUUUUAUGGCGGAAUAUGGAAGAAUCAUUUUUAUGAGAUUUCUUAUGUGUUUAUUAUUUUUAGGGGGAAUGGUUGACAUAGUUUUUUAUGGUUUUAUUUUUAUUUUAAAACUUGGUUUAAUUUGUUUUUUAUUUUUAUGAGUUCGUGGGGCUUAUCCUCGUUUUCGUUAUGAUCAAUUAAUGUAUUUAGCAUGAAAGGUUUACUUACCUGUUGUAUUAAACUACUUCAUUUUAGUAAUCUGUUUUGUGACCUUGUUUUUAAAAUAA